UAGCCACCAAACAGGAUUAUUAUUAUAGAGGAACUAGCCACUUGGAGAAAUAUUGACGUUUAUAUCGGCCAUUUUGCAGUUUCUUCGGUGACUGUUCUACACGUGUUUAAUUGCCAAAAUGGCAGUGACAAAGAAACCCGUGGCUAAGAAAGCCCAGUUACACCAAAAGUCUGGCAGGAAAGGCAUUAAGGGUGGUAAAAUCCGCGGCAAGGGGAUCAAGAGGAAAAUUAACCUCAAGUUCGUGAUUGACUGCACUCACCCCGCCGAGGACAGCAUCCUCGAUGUUGGCAACUUCGAGAAAUAUCUGAAGGAACAUGUCAAAGUUGAUGGCAAGACUAAUAACCUAAGCAAUCACGUUACGGUGGCCAGGGACAAAACGAAAGUUGCCAUCAGUGCAGACAUUCCCUUCUCCAAGAGAUACCUGAAGUAUCUGACGAAGCGUUACCUCAAGAAGAAUAACCUCCGUGAUUGGCUGAGAGUGGUGGCUUCAGCUCAUGAUGCAUAUGAGUUACGCUACUUCAAUAUCAAUGCAGACAGUGAUAAUGAGGACAAUGAGGAUUAAGCUAUUGCUAAAUAAAUAGUUUUAUUGUAAAA